AUGGGAGGUAAAUCAUCUAAAAAAACUAUUAUCCCAUUGAAGCAGCCUAAAAAUUUUGAAAAUACAGUAAACUUUAUAUAGAAAUCAUAUGAUGCUUUGGUCAGAUCAAACUCAAAACGAAAUUUAAAGCGAGUCCAAGAUUUAGAUGUUACUCCUCCACAGUCACCUAGAGAAACACAUGGACAGCUGCAUAGAGAGCUGAAUAUGAUAGUAGAAAAGAAAAAAAAAGAAAUGAGUUUUCAAUGAAAUUUCAAAACAUUCACCAAUAAUACAGAAAUUCAAAAAAUUGAUAUUAAUAAAGCACAGCAUUAUUUACGAAAACACAAAAGGGAGCCUCGAAUUCCUAUAAAAGUUGACCAGAAGUUUCCACCUAAAAAGAAUUCUAUGAAUUAUACUGACCCAAAAGCAAAAGAAAUUAAAAAAGAAAUUUUUGUAGGUGAAGAUAUAGACUCUAGUGAAAUUUUUGAAAUUUCGACAAAUAGGGAUAAGCAUAUGAAAAGCAAUGCAACACUUAAAAAGUUGGCACACACUUAUACGCUGCCUAUUAAUAGGAAGAGAGGUAAAAAGAAAAAAGAAGAUUCAAGGAGUAUUGAAAAUGAUGAAAGUGAAGCCCAAGCAAAAUCAAUUGUGCCUGUAGUCAAAAGGCAGCCUCCAGCAUUAAUACCGUUAAAUAUACAAGUUGAAUCUGAUAUACUGCAAAAUCAAAGAUCACUGAAGUCUGCUUUGGCAAAAAAUUGACUAAGAUCAAAUUCCCCUAUGACAUCUAUGAUUCAGUCAAAAGAUCUGGCGAAGUCAAUUUCGCCAGUCGUUGUAGCUUUAAGGAGCACAAAGUCAAAAACUAGGACAAUUCCAGCCUUUAUCAUCAGACCUGACAUAUCAGUUUCCCCUAACAUGCCCUCAACACCUGUGAAAAAGCAAUCUCCGCCUCGAUCUAAAGAAAGUUCUCCUACUCCUGCACAGAAGCAUAACGGCCUCAACAUUUCUUCUAUCAAUAAAUCAGGCGCUUCGACCCCAAUCCUUCCUAAAGGCUACAACAAUAAUCUGAGUCGGAAGUACAAAUGGAAAGGAUCCCAUGGAUAUAUUGUAGACUGAGAAAUUAUAUUAAUUAAAUUAAUAAUAUUUGAAUAA